AUGGAACCAGAAGCUACGACGUCAAAUACUUUUCCUUAUAAUAAUAAUAAUGCAGAUAGCUUACCUCUCUUAACAUAUUUAAAUUCAUGCCCGGCCACUUUUGGAUAUAGAUUAACAGAAAGUGCAAAACAGGAAAUACUGAAAAGACUUUUCUCGGAACUAUGGAGAUCAAAUGAGGAAUACAGAUCUUUAUUUUUUCCAAACGGUUUCGGUGAAGGACUUGACGCAUACAAAUUGAGCCUUGCACUAGGAGAAGGAAGUUCGGAAUAUUUACCGACACAAAAAGGAAAAGCUUGUGGCCAUGUCUUUAAAAAAGGAGAAGGUGUCUAUCGAUGCAGAAACUGUGCGCUGGACGAUACAUGUGUCUUUUGUUCUCGUUGUUUUCAUGCAACGAAUCAUGAUGGACACGACGUAACUUUUUCUGUGAAUUCUGGAUCUGGUGGCUGUUGUGACUGUGGUGACCCUGAGGCUUGGAAACUUCCCGUACAUUGUUCUUAUCAUUCAUUAGAUUAUUCUUCACCAGAUUCUAGUGAAUUUGAAAAAAUACAGUACGAAGAAAUAUUACCUCAUGACCUAUUAAACCCUAUUCAUAACACUAUCUCUACUGUCCUUGAUUUCAUGUUGGACACCUUAUCUGCUUCCCCUGAGGAGAUGACCCCUCCUCUUAAUGAUGCAGAUGUCAGGAAGGAAGCUAAUCGAGCUGCCCUUUAUAUUAGAGAUCAUGUAAAUAUUGUUGAUGAAGAGAAAUUAUUUGCAGUAGUACUUUGGAAUGAUGAGCACCAUUCUUUUCAUGAAGUGAUUGAUCAAGUCAUGGAAGCAACUGAAUGUAGUCAAGCGGAAGCAAAAGCCAUGGCCAAAAGAGUUGAUUCAUACGGACGUGAUAUCGUUCAAAUAUCCGAAGAUAUUCCACGUCUUCGCUCCAUAGCACGUACAAUAUCGUCAAUAGGCCUCGCUGUCACGAUACGUUCCGCACGUGACACCUUCCGUGAAGGGAUGUGCGGUCUGUUCAUUGAUUGGUUAAAAGAUCUUGCAGGAGGAAAAAUUGGUUCAGACUCUUCAUUGCUUAGAGAUAUAAUUUGUGAAGAACUUUGUAAAGAAUGGAAUAAGCCUCGUGGUGCCGAUAUCGAUAUGAAAUCGAAAAUUCGGUUCGCAGGAGAUACACAAAAUGGUAAAGUCGAGGGCACAAAAUUCAAUGGUGAUUACGAUGUGUUAAUGGAAGAACAUUCUAGCGAUGCAAUUGAACCAAUGGAUGAGGAUGAAUCGAUAAUAUAUCGUGGUACUUCUUCUUUAAUGCAGAAAGUAGAGGAUUUUAAAAAGAAAUUGCGAUUGGAUAAGUUGCUGAUUUUAGAUUUAAGGCUAUGGAAAGAGGCAAGAGCUGGAUUAAGAGAAUUAUACAUUGGAACACUAAUAACUAAUACAGGAUAUAAAAAAAUAAUGGGUAUUCGAUUUGCUCGUAAUUAUGUUAAACUUGCAAAGGCAUUUCUUACCCCUGACCGUGAACCCGAACAUUCAAUUGUUCUAUUUUCUGUUCAACUUUUUACUGUCCCUACCAUUUCCACAAUUCUCGUCACCAAAUAUAAAUUCCUUACAACGAUCUUUACAAUACUUCAUACAUUUUUUACCUCCAAUACUGUUGGAGAGGAUUUAGAUAGCAUUGAUCCAAAUGCUAAAAUUGAUUGUGAUUCUGAUGCUUUUAAAAAUCGUCGUUACUUCCAUGUCUUUCAAGAUCUUCGAUAUAUCAUCAGUAAUGACGCUGUGAAAAUUGCAAUACCAAAAAAUCCUCAUUAUUUGCAACAAUACCUGAAUUUAAUUGCAUUAUUCCAAGGAAUGAAUCCAAACAUUCGUGCAACUCAACAACAUGUGGAGUAUGAGAACGAUAGUUGGGUUAAUGCGUUUAAUGUAACUUUGCAAAUCGCUAAGAGUUGCCGUCAAUUUUCUGAUUGUUACACGGGCAACACCAGAACGUUAUAUAAAAUGGAUGAGACCGGCGACGAUCAUGAAGAAUCUCUUUAUCAUUCAAGUGUUUGGGUAACAUCUACACCGGGUUCAUAUGGUCCCUUUGCAAAGAGUGCGAAAUUUUCUGAUGAAAGGAAUGAGGGCAAGGAUAACAAUCUUUCAUCAUUACGAGAACCAGAAUUUCAUGAUGUUAUCUUUCCUGCGAAUCCUUAUUUCCUUUCAUUUCGAGUCGUUAAAUUUGAAGUUUCUUCGCAGCCUGUUAGUUUUCAUCACCCUUUGAAUUGGUUUUUAGCCGAAUUAUUGGAAAAUGUUAAUUUAUUGGAUGAUGAAUUGUUAAAACAGCAUGGUUUUGGCAGUUUCCAAAGCAUGAUGAUGGGUUUCGAUUUUGAAAACAAUGAGGAAUUGGGUGCCAUAGUUCAACGCGUUAAAGAGAAAAUUUUAGGAGUAUUUGACUAUCCAUUGCGAGUGUUGGUUUUGUUGGUACAAAUCCGUGCUGGUUUAUGGGUACGGAAUGGAUUUGGUAUUCGCGGUCAAUGCCACCAUUAUCGUGAAAUUUCACUACGUGAAAAUACCUAUGAUGAAGAUAUCUUUCUAUUACAGACAGCUUUUAUUUUGUUAGAUCCAAAUAUAGUCCUUGUCACUAUUUUAGAUCGGUUCGAUCUUGUGGAGUGGUUCAAUGGUAGAAAUAACCAUAAAGUAUAUGAUAAUUCACAACUUACCUUUAUUGCCGAAGAAUUGUUGACGCUUUUAAUCACAUGCGUCAGCGAACGUGCAAAUGCAGCCGGAUUAACCAAUGAACAGAAAAUAAGAAGGGAAAUUAUUCAUGGGCUUUGCCUUGGUCCAAUUGCUUAUUCGGAACUUAUAAAACGUAUUCCAGAACGAUUAGCACAAGAUCCAAUAUUUGAUGAGAUCUUAACGAGACUCACUACUUACAAGUCACCAGAUAGUUUGACCGAUCAUGGUACCUAUGAACUUUAUGACGAAUAUUUUGAUGAAGUGGACCCAUAUUUUGUCCAUUAUUCUCGUAAUAACAGGGAAGAGGCAGAGGAGGCUUUGAAGAACAGAUUAAAGAAAAAGGAUGCGAACUCUACUCCACUGUUAAUGCCAAAAUUGACUCCUAUAACAAGUGGGCCAUAUGUUAAAUUAGGCAACAUUUUACAUGCAAGCUUAUUAAAUCAAAUUAUUUAUUAUUCACUUUGGCAUGUAAAAACUGAUGAAAAGAUAAAGUCUGACACACUUGUGGAAGAAGCACUGCACCUGAUCAUGUUGGCUCUGUUGGAUGAAAAUAAUGACAUCUUGAGAGAAUGCAAACGUAAAGGAAAACAAAAAGCUACUGAUACUUCCAUUUCAUCAGAUAUAGAUGAAGAGAUACCAGGUUUUGUUUAUUAUGCGGUAUCUGAUCAUUUUCAAGAAAUUGAUACGAGUGCAAUGAAGUCUCAGGGUACUAGCCUAUUAGAUCUUCUAUUGCAGCUUUCAUGUGAUCAAAGUUUCAAAGAGUUUCAUAAUAAGCUAGAAUUUAUUAUAAAUAAAUUCGAACAAUUCGAGAGUGACAGUGCAAAGUUGACAAUAAAUAGAUAUCGUGAGAAGCUACGUAUUGAUUUACAAUCAAAAGGAACUGAGGAAAGUAAAGUUUCCGAGUAUGAACGAAAGAAACAAGCGGCUAAAGAGAGGCAAAAGAAAAUCAUGGAACAAUUUGCUAAAGCCCAACAAAGUUUUAUAGAGAAGCAUGAAGAAUUAUAUGACGAAUAUGAAGGAAUGGAAGAGGAUUGGGAACUUCCUGCUGAUGAAGAACAAUCAGGAACCAACUCUUUAAAAACGAUGGAAACCAAUUGGUCAUACCCUACAGGAACUUGUAUCGUAUGCCAGGAAGAAACUAAUUCUUCUUCAUUAUAUGGAAUGCUCGGACUAAUUCAGCCAUCAUCAUUAUUACGUCAUACUCCAUUUAAUGACGAGGAUUACAUCGUUGAAGUUGAUGAUUUGCCUGAAAGUUUGGAUUUUAAAUAUGACAGAUCAAUUCCAUUCGGUGUUGCGUCCUCAGUUUAUACCAAAGCACGUCCCCUAAGUAAAGGAUUUCCCUCAAAGUCAUGUCGACAAGGAUUAUAUGCUUCUACUUGUGGGCAUCUAAUGCAUGUGAAAUGUUUCGACACAUAUUUUGCUUCUUUGGAACAACGACAUUCAUUACAAUUAGCAAGGAAUCAUCCUGAAGACGUUAAAAGAAAAGAAUUCAUGUGUCCAUUAUGUAAAAGUUUAGGGAAUAUUUUAUUGCCAAUCGUUUGGAAGGUUAAGAAAGAAGUAUUUCCUGGAAUAUUGGAGACGCAAGAAGAUUAUGUCACUUGGUUACGUGAUAAAGUUGGUUCUGGGUUAGAUAAAUUGAACCUAAUACUCCCUUCUGGAUCAGACUUACCAUAUUCAAAUACUGACCCUAAUCGUAGAUAUACACCUUUUACCGCUGGAGCACCUUUUGAUUCUGCUACAAAUGUCGAUUUUUCAUCCUAUGUUCAAACAUCCCAAACUCAACCAAGGCGACGAAAUAGUAGUGGAGCAGGUAGGAUUAGGGAAGCAAUUACUCAUAUUGUGCACAUGUUAAGAAAUCCAGCCGCGAUUCAGAAUAGUGACGAAAAUGGUCCUUCUAUAGCUGCUUCUGAUGAUUUUCAGCCUCUUCACGGAUCAUCUCGGGUUGACACACACGCAUCUUCUGACGAUGAUGAUCAUGAAAACAUUCGUCGCAUGUACAAUCGCUUGGCAGAUGUUAUGCAAAUGACGUAUCAAAAAAUAACAACAGAGAUAACUUUCCAAACCAAUUCAUUGAAAUCUAUUGAACACAUGUGGGACCUAUUUGGUUAUACAAUUUCAUGUAUUGAGAUUGGUCAACGUGGUAUUAGUCAUACUAUAAGUGAAGGUUCUAUUGGAUCAACCUUAGUAGAUGGAAUCAAUGCACAAACAUUAACGCUCUUAAGAAUACUUUCGGAAACGAUACUUACUUAUAUGGAUACAAUGUUAAUUGGUCAAAAUAGUGAGUUUGGGUUGAAGCAGGUCACUACUUAUAGGAUUCAGCAAAUAUUUUAUGGUCAUCCAUCAUUUCAACAAGAAAAUAGCGCGCAGGUUGUUGGAUCUACACCAUUAGUUAAUAAUACAAGGAAAAUUAUUGGGUUAUUCGGACCUAGCUUGCAGUUUACAAAAGUUAAACCUUUAUUGCUCGAAGAUCCCUUCUUGGUUCUAGUAGAAAUUUGCAUGUACACAGUUUCCGUAGUUGAAUACGAUGUAUAUCAUAUGAUGCGGUUAUUAUACACGGCUGAGAUCGUUAAAGUAAUAGUGUCAUUAGUUGAAUCCGCUGUUAAUGUAAAAACGAAUGCAUGGGAGGAAAAUGAACGAUUUAAGAAGAAAUUCCCUGAUCUACGAGAUCCUCAAGGAUUCUCGAUAAGAGACUUUAUUAUAUGGGUGACACGACGAGUAGGCAAUAAUGAACAAGAUAUUGUAAAAUUCUUGGACAAAAUCGAUGAGUCGGCUUUCGUUAAACUUAUUAGGAAAUUUUGUUUGCCUUACUUGAGAAAGUGUGUUAUCCUCUUACAUGCAAGGUUUGGAGUAGUAUUCCCAGUAGGAACUGAUGAUUUACAGGCACAAAACGAAAAUGAAUUCGUAAGUUUAUCCAAAUUUCUCGGAUUUCCUUCCAUAGAACAAAUCUGUUCCAUAUCAUCAGACAUAACGAUGUCAUCAGUAAUCUCAGGAUGGUGUAAUCAUUUAUUUUCACUUCGACAAGCACCACCGCUUCCGAUGACGUCAUCAGGAACCCUAAACGAUACAAGUAUGAUUCACGAUGUUCACGUCUCAAGUGGAGUAGCUUCAAGUAGUUCACAAGUACCACAACAAAACCAUCAAUCAUAUCAAAGAAUUGAUGUUAAAGUUAAUCAUCCAGCAAUAUUUGAACUUGUAGGUCUACCAAAGAGGUUGGAUUCUUUGUUUGAGGAGAGUCUGAAAAAAGUUUGCGAAAAAUGUAAAACAGUACCACAUGAUCCAGCUUUAUGUCUAUUAUGUGGUACGUUUGUAUGUAGUCAAAGUUAUUGUUGUUCAGAAAAUGAUCGAGGUUUAGAAAAUGAUCGAGGUGAAUGUAAUCUUCAUACUAAAAGUUGUGGUGGAGAGAUAGGGAUUUAUUUAUUAGUAAAGAGAUGUGUAAUUCUUUUGCUUCAUGUUGAUAAUGGUUGUUAUAUGAAUGCUCCGUAUCUUGAUAGACAUGGAGAAGUUGAUCUUGGAUUAAAGAGAGGAAAACCUCAAUUUCUUAGUCAAAAACGAUAUGAUGAAAUUC